GGCAUAAAAGGCAUUCGUUACAGGUUAUACAGGGGUUUUUACACGCCAUUUACAUUGAAAUCAUGAUCACUUUCCAAUUCUCCCAAAUGCAUUACGGUUAACUGUUGUGUACAUCGACGACAAAUGAAGCCAACACCACUUUCAAUCCACCGUGUGUAUAUGGAAAAGCUGUGCUGUAGCGUUUAUGGCGUCGCUAUUCCGAAUGCUCUUCUCGAUGAAGUUACAGAUUCUUGACAUUUGUGGGCUUAUUUGGAUAUAACAUUUGAGUGCAAUCUUCAGCUUAUUUGCGAUAUCUCCAUCUGAAGUAGCUGAAAUAAUCAAAAGCUGCGUUUCUUGAUGAAUGACAGCUUUUUUGCCUCUAACAUGGGCUUGUCGUCUGUUAUUUGCUCGGGAAGUCUGGGCAGGGUAAUCCUGUGGUGUGCCGCGGUUGAGAGCCGAGUAUGAUAUUAAAUUCAUCCAACUUGAUCGUUGCAAUAUGUUUGCAGGAAGCAUUGACAAAGUACCAGCUGAAUCGGACAAAAAGUCUUAUUAUUUCCACAGGUGAUUGAUUCUGGUGUAAAACUGAGUUAAAAUGGCUGCAGCUUGGUUGCCAUUUGCUCGGGCGGCGGCUAUCGGAUGGGUACCGGUAGCCCCCAACCCAAUGCCGGUUCUCCCCGAGCGGCGCCGCAAUGAACACUUUGGACGUGUGUGUAUCAAUGUCAGUGGUAGGAAGUUCGAAACAUGGAGGCACAUGCUAGACAAAUACCCUGAUACAUUAUUGGGAAGCAGUGAAAAAGAAUAUUUCUAUGAUGAGGAAUCAAACCAGUAUUUCUUUGACAGGGACCCAGACCUGUUCCGCCAUAUCUUGACUUUCUAUCGCACAGGUACUAUGCAUUUCCCAAGGGAAGAAUGCAUUGCAGCAUUUGAUGAGGAACUGGCAUUUUUCGGACUUAUGCCCGAAAUUAUAGGUGAUUGUUGUUAUGAAGAUUAUCGUGACAAGAAGCGUGAUAAUCAAGAAAGGCUAAUGGACGAAAGGAUCUCAGAGAUGGGGGACAACGUUCCACUCACCAGUUUUCGAGAAAAAAUGUGGAGAGGAUUUGAAAACCCCCACACUGGAACACCCGCUACUGUUUUUUAUUAUGUGACAGGAUUUUUCAUUGCCGUGUCCGUCAUAGCAAACAUUGUAGAGACUGUUCCAUGUUCCCCUCUACCUGGUACUGUGACUACAUUAUCGUGUGGCGAACGAUAUGAACGGUCCUUCUUUUGCCUUGACACAGCCUGUGUCAUGAUCUUCACUGUGGAAUAUUUACUCAGACUUUAUGCAGCUCCCAGCAGAUGGAAAUUUGCAAGGAGUGUGAUGUCUGUUAUAGAUGUAGUGGCCAUUCUGCCAUACUACAUUGGCUUGUUCUUCAAAGACGACAGCCUCAGCGGCAUGUUCGUCACACUCAGAGUAUUUCGUGUCUUCAGAAUUUUCAAGUUCUCGCGGCAUUCACAAGGAUUACGCAUAUUGGGAUACACACUAAAGAGUUGUGCUAGUGAACUAGGGUUCUUACUCUUCUCUAUGUCCAUGGCAAUUAUUAUAUUUGCCACAAUCAUGUUCUAUGCUGAAAAAUACACAAAGGACACCAAGUUUUACUGCAUUCCUGCAGCUUUCUGGUAUACUAUUGUAACCAUGACUACGCUAGGGUAAGUAACCUUCUUUGAACACAUCCUUCUAAUCUUUUAUAAUUGUGAAAUAUUGUUUUAUAGUUUAACAACAAAUGAAUAUUCUAUGUAAUACUUGUUUCCAUGUAGUGUUUUACUAAUUUUUGAAGUUCCAAAGAAAAUCUUCAAUAUUUUUUUGUAACUCUAAAACAUCAUAGGUUUUUAAACCCAUCAAAAUAUUAAACUAAAUUUCAUUUUGUUCUUGGUUAAUCUCAUAUUUGGGGAAAUGAAAAUUAACAACAUUUAUUGAAGGAGUGUAAAAGUAAAUGGUUUUGUUGUGACUUCUCUUUCAUGUUGUUUAUUCAUUUAUAUUUGUUUGCGUUAUUUAAUGAUUUUAUAUUUUAUUUAUUAAUUUAUUGUUUAAAAUCAGUGAGAUGUAAUUGUUAUAUAAUUUAUUUUGUUGGCAUAAUAGUAAUAUCAUAUUCUCCUCUUGCAUCUGUCUUUACUUUAUACACUGUUCUCUAGAGAGGUGUAUAUUGGCAUGUGUAUCUAUAGAUAAUCCCACUACAUCAUAAUGAGAUCAUAUAAGGUGAAGAAAUAUAUUCUUUAUAACACACAUAUACAGAAAAAAUAUAAUUUGAAAAGAUUACAUAUGUCUGUAGAAAUAUUUCAUCAAGUAAAAAAAAAAAGAUAUAGGUCUAGGACUAAAUGUUUAGAAAAUUUUAAUGUUGUUUCAUUAUAUCUUAUAAGACUAUUUAGCAAAGAACAUACAGUGUAACUGUUAGUUUCUAGUAUUGGUAUAUCCUAUAUGCAUUUAAAAAAGUUUUCACUUUAGAAAGUAAUCUCAUUAUCACGAUAACAUUUUUGCUGUAAUACAAAACAUGAUAUGUCACAUUUUGAAUUUUACAUAAACAAAACAUUAUUUUGAAUAGAGUAAUUUAAUUCUAAUAUAACACAAUAAUGUUGUGAUAUAUAAGUGAUGUAAAGUAAUAUGAAAAAUUCUGAAAAAAUCUGAUUUGCACAGAUUUUAUAAUGAAAUGAAAUUGUAAAUUAAUCUUUGUAUUAUCACAACAAAAACAUUGGAUUAGAUCCUACAUAUUUGAAAUAAGAAUUGAGAAAAGGAGACAAACAAAAUAAAUAUGUUCUUUUUUAAUAGUUACUCCCAAAUUUUUAUAUUUUACAGUAAAUUCAGAAAUUCUUGAAAUAUCUAUACAGAUACUUAUUUUUUGGAUGUAAAAUCUUAGAACAAAAUUACUUUUGGAGAUGUAUAUCAACAUUUAUGUUUACAAGUUGAGUUGAGGUAUAUGUUUCCAUUUGGGUAAUUUGAACAUUAAACUUGCUUUUGUAGAGCAUUUUAUUGCACUUGAUUAUAUUAAGUAGACAAUGAUAAAUAGAAUUACAGUAGAAAUGUAUCCUAAAUGGUCAAAUUGAAAAGAAAAUGAAGCUCUACGAGAGCUAAACAUAUCUUAUUAAACAAAUUAAUAAAUCACACAUAAGGGUCAUGUAUCCUCACAUAGAGUAAUCCAGUUCACAAUGCAUCCGCCAUAUUGGAUUUAUAGAUUUUUUGAUGACUUUCGAACACAAGCUCAUUAAAAAUUCAUGGCUUUCAUAUAAACACCACAGUUACUCUACACAGGCAGGGUAGGGCUGUGAUACAUGCCUAAAUCAAUUGUGCAUGCUUAAUAGAAUUUUACACUUAAAAUGUCACUGGGGCUAUCAUAUAUCUAAGAAAACAAAUGAAUUUUAUGUAUGCAUGUAUAUUUCUAAAAAAAGAAUGUGCAAGGGAUAUACAAAGUAUUCCUUUCUUUCUGAUGAUGUAUAUAAAAGUAUAAUUUUUAUUGUCUGAUUUCUUUACUUAAAAUGCUGUCCUUUCUCAAUCUCUAAGAAUCCUGGCUUUGGCUUUUCACAUUUUUGUAAUUGCCAUGCUUGAAAUGUUCUCUACCUUACAUUACUGUAUAAGAAUCGGUUGUCAACUAUAGCAUUAACAUAUGCACCCCAUAGGACCAAGGUGAUAUUUUUUUUAGGGGAGGUGAUUAUUAGUUUGAAAAAUGCACAUACAGUGGUACCUAAAAAGACCCUUAUUGGAAUAUUUGAAUUUGUCAUUUUUGUUACUGCUUCUGUUGAUUAUUCUAAUUUUCUUCAAUAUUUUCUUCAUAAAGAAAGAUAUGAUUUCUUUUAAAUUCAGUGACUCUAUAAUUGUCUUCCUGGUAAGAAGAUACAAUGCUUGUCAAAUUUAAUUGAGUCAGAAGAAAGUAACAGCAGAAAGAAUAUUAUGAUUAGCCUAUAUAAAAAUGCUUUUGAUAAGACUUGGCUUCUCUGUUUAAAAGUCUGAUUAUCUAUAAAGGCAUUUUCCAGAUUUCAUAUUCCCUGCUGCAAUAUUUUGCUCAGAAAUAAACUUAUCUUCUAUUCAUUUCUUACAGUCUUGGAAAAGAAUGAUUGAAUUCAAGAAUCGCAUGUGUGUAUAAAUAAUAACAUAUCCACAAACAAAGGUGCAUAUCAUGAGCCUUUGUUUGUGGAUGUGUGAACACAAUUACGCUGACUGUUGACUGUUUUUUUUUUAUAAGGAGAGUCUUAAUGAAAUUGAUUGUGAAUGGCUUGAAAAGUCUAAAUACACUGAACAUGCUGAAAAUGUGGUCGUAGAAGUAUAGUGCGAUUGAGAUGAUAACAACAAUGUUAAUUGGCUACCCAGAUUCACAGAUGUAAUCAAAGAAAUGUGUCAACUAACAAACAUUUGAGGUAUAUCAUGAUUGUAGAUCAGGUGCAUAUAUUAAGUAUACCCCCACAGGAGCUCAGCGAGUGCAUUUUGGGGUUUUGCACAAUUCAUGGAGUCACGGCUAGUCAGGUCCAGAUUUUCAAAAAUGUGCUCAGAAAAAGUGCUUUAGGCAUUUUGUGUUAAUGCUGAUUUAUCAAUCGUUUUAAGGCAAUUCAGGGGUGCUGAAUCCAAAAAUGCUGUUUGCCAAACUUGAUUCCGAUGUUUUCACCGUCAAAUUCACCGUCAAAUUGGCAAAAAAAAAAAUGGCAGCAUUUUGAAUGCGGUUUCCCCUAUUAAACAAUUUCUAUAGGUGAUUAUAUUUCAGAAUUUUGGUCUAUGCUAUAUUUUUUAUACCCAGGGUUGCAAACAUAAAGCAUCCGAUUGAUUGAUUCGUCAGCCAUCUUUAAUUCCAAGAUGGCUGCCGUGAUUCACAACUGCUGAUUGACAAAUAAUAUAGGGACAAAUGUUUGAUAAUUUUUGGGAGAUGCUGGCAAACUCACAUUAAGAAUUUUACUCAAUGUUCGCCGAUUUUUCCUUGCCCGCAUAGCAGAAGCAAGAUAUGGACGUCGCCUAUCUGACGGCGGCAAUAAUCGGACUUUGGCGGCGGCAAAGUCAACAUCAAAUCUUAACCGAGGUUAAGUUUUUUAAAUGUCAUAACUUUUAGGGUAUAAGUAUCUAUUUCAUGAAACUUAGGGUUAAACAAAAUCUCAAAAUCUAUAGAGACAGAUUAUAGUUGGCGUCCAAAAUGGCAGUCGUAGUACUAUCAACUCCAAAAAUGAAAAUAAUCUAUAGCUUGCUGCAGCGUCAACAAAUUAGUUUAUAUUAAAAAGCUUGAAAUGCAUCGGGACAUGUUUACAAGAUAGUCAGUGAGUGUGUCAGAGAAUCCAAGAUUACCUUCCAAAAUGGCGUCAAUAAAGGACAUUGUAACUUUAAAAUUGUCAAAAUUGAUAUAAUAUCCACCUGGUAAACAUAAUUUGGGGACUCUAUCCAAAAAGAAAAGAAAACAAAAUAAUGGUUCCAAGGGAAAAAUUAUAUACAUUGGAAAAGUUUCAAGAUUUGUCAGUGGUGCAGAUUGUCAAAAAAUGCAUGAUGACUUUAUAAAAAUGGUUGCUGUUACUAAAAAAAAAUUGAUGAAAAGUGCAUAUGCUGUCUACCUAAAGACAUUUUUGUAUCUUUCCCAUGAUUUCAAGGGUCAAAUAAUAUAGGUUAAGACGUAUUGCAGGGAUACGCUGUUGUCCAAAAAUUGAAGAAGGCUUGCAUAAUUGCAUUCAAAUUGGCCACUAUUGAUACAAAAAUGGCAAUACUUCAUAAUUUAUAUUAUCCCAUGUAGAACCAUUAUUUUGGUGUCUCUGCUAUGUUUUUAAGGCUCUUAAAAUAAGUGUUACAAGGUACAAAAUUAGGCGGUGGUGUA